GACUCUUUUUCGUAGAAACUAAUAUUAGCUGUGGCCUAAGAAUAGGAGCGACUUCCUGUUCUUAGGCAAAUUCAGCUUCGAUUAUGGAGGAUAUGUGGACAAUGUUCUGUGGUGAAUCUGGUUUUUCACUAUCUGAAUUUCUGAGCCAUCCUUCAUCAUGCACAAGCCAGGCUUUGAUAAUCUGUUUCAAUGUUGUGCUUUUGGUCAUGCUGUUGUUCACCAUAAUCCACAAAUCAUCCUCAAAAUCUGUUCAAAUCCCACCUCGGUUUCAAGGUUGUUCUACUUUACAAGUAGUUUCCGCCGUCGUAAACGGCUGUCUCGGGAUUGUGUACUUGUUCCAAGGAAUCUGGAUUUUGGAAGAGAAGCUGAGGAAAUCCCACACAGCUUUGCCGUUAAACUGGUGGCUGCUGACACUGUUUCAAGGCUUCACUUGGUCGUUUGUGGGCUUAACCGUGAGUAUUAAGGCAAAGCAGCUUCCGAGAGUGUCGGUCCUGCUGUUGUCCAUUCUUGCAGCCUUGUUUGCUGGAUUUGUCUGUGUUCUGUCUUUGUUCGCCGCGAUUUUGAGCAAACAAGUAACAAUAAAGAUAGCUCUAGAUGUUUUAUCUCUACCAGGGGCCAUCUUGUUACUCUUAUGUGCUUACAAGGAUUCUAAACAUGUAGAGACUGGUGAUGAGAAUACGGGCCACAAUGGUCUUUACACGCCUUUGAAUGGCCAGGCUAAUGGCCACGACGAUAAAAGCGAUUUCGUUACCCCGUUUGCCAAAGCUGGAUCUUUGAACAAACUGUCAUUUUGGUGGUUGAAUCCGUUGAUGAAAAGAGGUAGCGAGAAAACACUCGAGGAUGAAGAUAUCCCGAGGCUGCGCGAAGCGGAUAGAGCAGAAAGUUGUUACACGACGUUUUUGGAGCUGUUGGAGAAACAGAAACAAAAGGAUCCUUCUUCUCAGCCAUCAAUGUUGAAGUCAAUAAUUUUGUGCCACUGGAAAGAUAUUUUCUUAUCCGGGUUCUUUGCUUUACUAAAGGUUUUGACUCUCUCUGCUGGUCCUUUGCUCCUUAAUGCCUUCAUUUUGGUUGCUGAGGGGAAGCAGAGUUUUAAGUAUGAAGGUUAUGUAUUGGCCAUUGCACUUUUCUUCGCGAAAAACCUCGAAUCCAUAGCACAGAGACAGUGGUACUUCAGAAGCAGACUUAUUGGUCUGAAAGUUCGGUCUUUGCUCACUGCAGCCAUUUACAAGAAGCAAUUGAGAUUGUCUAAUGCUGCUAAGUUGAACCACUCUAGUGGAGAGAUAAUGAAUUAUGUUACUGUGGAUGCCUAUAGAAUUGGAGAAUUCCCAUUUUGGUUCCAUCAAACUUGGACGACUAGCCUUCAACUCUGCAUUGCGUUGGUAAUUCUUUUCCAUGCGGUCGGACUGGCCACAAUAGCAGCCUUGGUGGCGAUACUCCUAACGGUGCUUAGCAACACUCCGCUCGCUAAGUUGCAGCACAAGUUUCAGACUAAGCUUAUGACGGCACAAGAUGAAAGACUAAAGGCUACGGCAGAGGCUCUUGUGAACAUGAAGGUACUUAAGUUAUACGCGUGGGAAACUCAUUUCAAGAAUGUUAUAGAAACUUUGAGGAAGGUGGAGGAGAAAUGGUUAUCGGCGGUGCAGCUGCGAAAAGCGUAUUAUACCUUCCUCUUCUGGUCAUCACCUGUUUUAAUCUCGGCUGCAACCUUUGGAACAUGCUAUUUUCUCAAAGUUCCUCUUCAUGCCAGUAAUGUCUUCACUUUUGUGGCGACUCUGCGGCUUGUUCAGGACCCCAUUAGAUCUAUACCUGAUGUUAUUGCGGUGGUGAUUCAAGCAAACGUUGCAUUGACACGUAUUGUAAAGUUCCUUGAGGCACCAGAGCUGCAGACUGCAAGAAUCCGUCAAAAGUGCAACCUGCAGAGUUCAAACAAGGCCGUUGUUAUUAAAUCGGCUAAUUUCUCAUGGGAAGAGAAUUUAGCAAAACCAACUUUGAGAAACAUAAACUUAGAGGUUGGCUCCAAAGAAAAAAUCGCUGUAUGCGGAGAAGUUGGCUCGGGGAAAUCAACCCUUCUUGCAGCAAUUCUUCAUGAAGUUCCACUUAUUCAAGGAAAUAUUCAAGUAUAUGGAAAGAUUGCCUAUGUUUCUCAAACAGCAUGGAUUCAGACGGGUACAAUAAAGGACAACAUUUUGUUUGGCUCCCAUAUGGAUGGUCAGAGAUACCGGGAAACGCUCGAGAGAUGUUCACUGGUGAAGGACUUUGAGUUGCUCCCUUAUGGUGACCUGACUGAAAUAGGGGAGCGAGGAGUAAACCUGAGUGGUGGUCAGAAACAGCGAAUCCAACUUGCUCGCGCACUUUAUCAGAAUGCCGAUAUCUAUAUCUUGGAUGAUCCAUUCAGUGCCGUUGAUGCACACACUGCUACCAGCUUAUUUAAUGAAUAUGUUAUGGAAGCUCUUUCGGAGAAGGCUGUCCUGCUUGUGACCCAUCAAGUUGAUUUCCUGCCUGCCUUUGACUGUGUCUUGUUAAUGUCUGAUGGGGAAAUCUUACAAGCAGCUCCCUACCAUCAGUUACUGUCCUCAAGCCAAGAAUUUCAGGACCUCGUGAAUGCACACAAAGAGACUGCUGGUUCCGAAAGACUUGCAAACAUAAGUCCUACUGAGAAACAAGGAACACCUGGUAAAGAGAUUAAGAAGAGCUACGUAGAUAAUCAAUUUAAAGCGCCUAAAGGUGAUCAACUGAUUAAGCAAGAAGAAAGAGAAGUAGGAGACAUCGGGUUCAAGCCUUACAAGCAAUACCUGAAUCAGAACAAAGGCUACUUCUACUUCACCAUAGCCGCUCUGUGUCACCUUAUAUUCGUGAUUGGUCAGAUACUACAGAACUCUUGGAUGGCUGCUAAUGUCGACAACCCUCAUGUCAGCAUGCUGCGAUUGAUCGUGGUUUACUUGGUGAUCGGACUUUCCUCUGUGAUGUUUUUGUUUUUCAGAUCCCUUGGUGUAGUUGUUUUGGGUAUUACAUCAUCGAAGUCUCUGUUCUCGCAACUACUAAAUUCCCUUUUUCGAGCACCCAUGUCGUUCUAUGACUCCACACCUUUGGGAAGGAUACUUAGCCGGGUUUCAGUCGAUCUCAGUAUAGUUGAUCUUGAUAUCCCAUUUAGCUUAAUGUUUGCUCUUGGGGCUUCCACAAAUGCUGUUGCAAAUCUUGGUGUCCUAGCUGUUAUCACCUGGCAAGUCUUGUUUGUCUCAUUACCAACAGUUUAUCUCGCAUUUAGAUUACAGAAAUAUUACUUUAAAACUGCUAAAGAGCUAAUGCGGAUCAACGGUACAACAAAGUCAUUGGUAGCGAACCAUCUUGCCGAGUCUGUGGCGGGAGUGACAACGAUUAGAGCCUUCGAGGAGGAGGAGAGGUUCUUCAUGAAGAACCUAGAACUCAUCGACGUAAAUGCCAGUCCAUUUUUUCACAGUUUUGCAGCAAAUGAAUGGCUAAUCCAACGGUUAGAAACACUCAGUGCAACAGUUCUUGCUUCUGCAGCAUUGUGCAUGGUCCUCCUUCCUCCUGAAACGUUUAGCUCGGGGUUCGUUGGAAUGGCACUUUCUUAUGGCCUUUCAUUGAACAUGUCCCUUGUGUUUUCUAUUCAAAACCAAUGCACUAUAGCAAAUUACAUCAUUUCAGUAGAAAGACUUAACCAAUACAUGUACGUACCAAGUGAAGCACCUGAAGUGAUUGAAGAAAAUCGUCCCCCGGCCAGCUGGCCUAGUGUGGGUAAAGUUGAGAUACGUGAUUUGCAGAUCAGAUAUAGGCCGCAUACGCCGCUCGUUCUUCGGGGGAUCAGUUGCACAUUUGCAGGAGGGCACAAGAUUGGUAUAGUCGGUCGGACUGGCAGUGGGAAGACUACUUUAAUCGGGGCUUUGUUUCGUCUGGUGGAGCCAACCGGAGGGAAGAUCAUCGUAGAUGGCAUUGAUAUCUCCACAGUUGGACUUCAUGAUCUUAGGUCACGUUUUGGAAUCAUACCUCAAGAUCCUACUCUUUUCAAUGGGACUGUGAGAUACAAUUUGGACCCCUUAUCUCAACAUUCCGAUCAAGAAAUAUGGGAGGUUCUUGGAAAGUGUCAGCUUAGAGAAGCUGUUCAGGAGAAGCAAGAGGGAUUAGACUCUUUUGUUGUGGAUGAUGGAUCAAAUUGGAGUAUGGGACAGCGACAAUUGUUCUGUCUGGGAAGAGCUCUUUUGCGGAGAAGUCGGAUAUUGGUGCUUGAUGAAGCAACCGCAUCCAUCGACAAUGCAACCGAUAUGAUUCUGCAGAAAACCAUUAGAACUGAAUUUGCCGAUUGCACUGUUAUCACAGUAGCUCACAGGAUACCUACAGUGAUGGAUUGCACCAUGGUUCUUGCCAUGAGCGAUGGACAAGUAGUAGAGUAUGAUGAACCAAUGACAUUAAUGAAGAGAGAAGAUUCACUUUUCGCGAAGCUGGUGAAGGAAUACUGGUCUCAUUCGCAGUCUGCUGACUCACAUUGAGAAUGAUGCUAACAUCUUCACAGCCUUUUUCCUCACUUGGGUACCAAAUAGAAGUUGGAUCACAAGCCGACUUGCAAUAAAAACGACCAGCAACGAGACUGGUGAAGAGCAUUGGAGUAUCAUAUCCUCCAUUCUCUUGAUGUCUUUGGCUGUAUGAUAAGGCAGUUUCUUAUUUCAAAGGAAACAUUUACCAAGUGUAUCAACUGUAGAAUGCUAAUAUGACAUAAAUAGGUCCCAAUUUUAAUAUGAGGGGAGCAACUAAGUGAAAGCAAAAUUGGUGGAAAACAAUGGAAUAGUUGUAAUAUUCAAGAUUUAAUUAAGUCUUUAAGUCAAUAAUAAAUAAAUUUAAUAAAU